AUGGGGAUCCACAAUGUUUGGAAGAAAUUGGACUCUGUGCGACGCUUGGUGUCGCUACUUGAAUUGGCUGUUCGCGAAGGCUUUUUAAGAAAUGCACGAAAUACUCGGUCCUUGGUUGUAGGAAUUGAUGCAAGUGCUGAUGAGCAAGACAGUGUAUGGAUUGUUGAAUGCCAGGCCGUGUUCUAUGUGCAGGGCCUCCACACUCAAGCUGGUGAAAAUCCAGAGCUUCGCACACUUUUCUUCCACUUGGCCCAUCUUCUUCGUUAUCCAAUCACCGUCAUAUUUGUUUUUGAUGGUCCCGAGAGGCCUGAUUAUAAGCGCCGUACGGUGGUCAAGAAAAAGGAGCAUUGGGUCAUCAAACACUUCUCUGAGAUCAUUCAAGACUUUCGCUACAAAUUUCACCAAGUCCCUGAGAACUUUCCUGAUCCCCACAUUGUUUACCUUUAUGCUAAUCCUGUCACAUCCUGGUCUCGCAGAGGGAUCGGCCCUAACCUUGGUGACCUUUCGCCUCAGUUCCCUGAUACAGAAAAGCUCGCCUUUCAUCGCGAGCGUCUGUUUGGAUGGGGAACAGCCAUCAUUGACAAGUUUUACAGCCAUGUCUGGCCCGGCUACUGCAUCCGCACCUUUUCGCAGCUUCAUAAUUUCUCAGGCGAGAAGUCAGUGCUUUCACCAUCAUCUAUCCGCCACGUUUGUAAACAGGACACAAAAUUCAAGUCAGAAUCAGCUUUCGAGUCCUACCUUGUCGAAGUAUGGUUGCUGCCACUACCUAUCACUGCCCUGAGCGGUGCCAGGCAAGCGCUUGAAGACGAAAAUGCCUUGGUGAAAGGAGGCUCGAUUAUCAGCAUCAAUGUUUGGGUACUGGGGCCGAUCCUUCACAGCGCAGUUCCAGCCAUCGUUGACAAAUUUCUACAUGAGGCACCCCCAAGAAACAAGAAAGCCAACAUUCACACUGCUCCAUACAAACCGGUAUAUGCUGAUUCUCUCUUUUAUGGCCCCUCCCCAUUUGUCUUCUUUUUGCAGAUAUUGCCGAGUAGUAUCAAUGUACAGCCAGUCAUGGAAAUAGGAAGUACCUCUAGUACCACGGCGCAAAGUAAUGACCAAGCACAAGCUUCAACCAGCCACUCGGCUGCAAGACAACCACACGAAAUCAUCGAGAUUGACUCUGCCGACGAAGACAAUGAAGAUUACAACUAUUAUCGCCACAGCCGCUCAAACGGAAGAGGUUCAACAACUACCUUUCUCGCCUUACCCACUUCACCCAUAGAGCUCACUGAUGCUGAUGAGAGCGAUGCUAUGAGCAUCAGUUGCUCUGACGAAGAGCUGAUUCUUCCCCCUGGUGUUGCGGGGACUCAUGUCGAUCUCACUCUUUCAAGCGGGGAGGAAGGAAUUGGCCUUGACAAAGCUACCAUGCCAGCUCCCUCAAAUCCAGCAAAGGCUCGCAAGGGCAAGAGUAGCAAGAGGGCACCCAAAUCAAAGACGAAGACUCCACUUUCCGCCAAUGACUAUGCUUGUCUCCAAAAGGCGUCCGUUGAGAAGAAGAAGCAGUAUGGGAAAUCAGAGAACACGAAUAACAAUUAUGGUGGACAGGUCAAGCGGGGGCAGGAGUUUGUGGCCCGAUUUUCGGUAGAGCAAGCAGAAGCAGAAAAGCGGUGGCAGGAAGAUGGGGACGAAGUAUUGUCGGGUGAUGAUGAUGAGGAUGAAAUACAAGACGACGGACCAGCCAAGUUGGAUCCCGACUUCCACAAGGCCUUCGACGGCCCCCCCAUUGAAUGCACGCCGCUUGCAAUCUCCAUGUUUAUGACGCACAAGUGCUUCACAGAGAAUAGAAAGGCAUCCACGGCCAUCUCAAUUCACACUGCGUUUACACGGUACUAUGACCAAAUGGCCAACGACAUGUAUCGAGGAUGUUGGCACUUCAAUGAUGCCCGCCAAAGAUGGGAGGGUAAUCCUACUCGCUCGGCAGAGGUCGAGGACAUGCUCGAUGCCUGCAAAAACAAGGAUGGCGAGGGCGAGCGGAAUCAUUCCCGAGCGAUGUCACUUGCAGAUAUGCAAGCUUUGUUCGCACAUUCACAAAAAACCUGUCCUUCCAACCUUGAGAUCACAGACCAGCAGACACUUGCAUUGAAAGCUAGCCAUUUGUUCAAUCUGGCGUUCGCAAGUUUUAGCUGGUUGAUCUGGACUCGGGUGAACGAGGCAGCUGGUCUUCAGGCUAAACAUGUUGAUUUUGCGCCGCCGCCAAGGCCAGGCAAACCUCAUCUACCAUACGUCAAGUUCAAUCUACGAAACCGGCAUACCUACAAUGUCUACCCACAGCCCAACAACCCCGCCAUUGACCUAUACACACACAUUUGGAAAUGGAAGGAAUUUUACGAGACUCGGCUUCUUGGAAGGAAGCUACAGCCAGAUGAGUUCAUUUUUCCGUCCUUUGGUGUGAACGGGCUGGUUGCACACCCACAUGUACCCAUUACAUCCGACCUUAUUCAAAAGAGGAUUAACGAGUGGACUGCGGCAGCAGGAAUCAGGGGCGCAGGACACUUCACAACCCACUGCUUCCGCCGCGGAGGUGCACAAUACCGCUUUAUGUUCGCGCUGAUUGGGCAGCGUUGGACGCUGGCUCGAAUUCGUUGGUGGGGAGGGUGGGCGAUUGGCGAACACUUCGCAGAGCAGCGCAGGAUGUGGGAAGAGAUGCGAACAUUGAUUAGCGAGCGGCCACAGGUUAUGCCUGUAACACAGUCUAUGCCCGCGCCACUGCCCGCACCCACGUCCUGGGGAGGUUUCACCAAUCAUGGCAGUCAGCCCUGCAGCUAUGUAUCACACAGUAUCUACCCUACAGUUGGAAGUGGCCAUGGGGCUGUAGUUCCACUCCAGGGCUCCUUGCUGAUGAAUGCCAUGACAAAUGGCUCGGGCAGUCCUGUUCCUGUUGAGCCAUCUGUGGUCGUGCCAGAAAUCAGCCGCAAGAUGGGAGCAACUGCCUGGAAGCAGGUCGUACAUGACUGGGAGCAUCCCGACCCUGGUCGCAACCACCACACAGCUCUCGAGCACUGGAAACAGGAGUGGCAUGCUUCCAGUCGCCAAAGCCAGUUAUGUGGUCAACGGCGCACGAUCGCACUGGAGUUCAUUGAAGAAUGA